AUGUUAAAUCAAAUAGCUAAUUUUCAAAUCUACAUGGCAAUACAAUCUUUUGAAGAUUUUAUAAAAUUACAAUAUAUAGAACAUCAAAGAAGAUUUGAUGAUAAAGACCAAUUAUUGAAGAAUUUCGAAGAAAAAGUAAAAUUACAACUUGCAGAUCAACAAAAUAAAAUAGAAGAAUUGAUAACUAUUGUUCAACAAAAAGGAUUUGAUAGUUCUAAUAACAAUAACAAUAGACAACUAGUUAAUAUAAUAAAUGCAAAAAAAAGAAUUUAUAAUGAACAAAGUGAUAAUGAAUCUAUUCAAGCCGAAGUGUUAAUUAACAAUACAAGACAUUUUUAUCAUAAAACACAUCCAACUUUAGUUUAUUAUCUUUAUC